CGCCGUGCGUGCCGAGCAGGCCGCAGUGCGGGCCGGGGCCGCGGCGAUGCUGGAGGAGGCGAGUGAGGUGCUGGAGUCGGUGCUCAAGGCCUCGUGCCUCCCGCUCAGCGUCCUGCUCUUCGUGCCCGCCGUGCUCCUGCUCCUGGGGCCGCCGCCCGCCGCCGAGGCGGCGCACGAGUUCACGGUCUACCGCAUGCAGCAGUACGAGCUGGGCGGGCAGCCCUAUGGCACCAGGAGCGCGGUGCUGAACACGGAGGCGCGCACUGUGGAAGCGGACGUGCUGAGCCGCCGCUGCGUCAUGAUGCGCCUGGUGGACUUCUCCUACGAGCAGUACCAGAAGGCUCUGCGCCAGUCAGCCGGGGCUGUGGUGAUCAUCCUGCCACGAUCCAUCUCCUCUGUCCCCCAGGAUGUCGUGAGGCAAUUCAUGGAGAUAGAGCCAGAAAUGCUCGCUAUGGAAACCAUUGUGCCAGUCUACUUUGCAGUGGAAGAUGAGGAGCUGCUGUCUAUCUAUGAACAAACACGGGCUGCUUCUGCAUCACAGGGUUCUGCCUCAGCUGCAGAAGUUCUGCUGCACACAGCAACUGCCAAUGGCUUCCAGAUGGUGACCAGCGGGGCUCAAAGCAAAGCUAUCAAUGACUGGCUCAUCCCCAGUGUGGAGGGAAGGCUGACAGGGCUGGGUGGAGAAGACUUGCCCACUGUUGUGAUAGUUGCCCACUAUGAUUCCUUUGGAGUGGCUCCAUGGCUGUCCCAUGGGGCUGACUCCAAUGGCAGUGGGAUCUCAGUGCUGCUGGAACUGGCCAGGCUGUUCUCUCGGCUCUACACCUACAGAAGGACCCAUGCUGGGUAUAACUUGCUGUUCUUUGCAUCUGGAGGUGGCAAGUUUAAUUACCAAGGAACUAAGAGGUGGCUGGAGGACAAUCUGGACCACACUGAUUCCAGCCUGCUGCAGGACAAUGUAGCAUUUGUUCUCUGCCUUGACACUCUGGGCAGAGGCAAUAGCCUUCAUCUUCAUGUCUCAAAGCCUCCCAAGGAGGGCACCUUGCAGCAUGCAUUUCUGAGAGAACUGGAGACGGUUGUUGCCAACCAGUUCCCGGAGGUGAAGUUUUCCAUGGUGCACAAGAAGAUCAACCUGGCUGAGGACAUGCUGGCCUGGGAGCACGAGCGCUUCGCGAUCCGGCGCCUGCCGGCCUUCACCAUCUCACACCUGGAGAGCCACCGGGACAGCCUGCGCAACAGCAUCAUGGACAGGAGGGCACGAAUAGACACUAAAGCACUGACCAGAAACACUCAGAUCAUUGCUGAGGCUUUGACAAGGGUCAUCUACAACCUAACAGAAAAGGGAGCACCUGCAGAUAUGCAGAUCUUCACAGAUCAGAUGCAAAUCCAGCAGGAGCAACUGGAGUCAGUGAUGGACUGGCUGAGCAGUCAGCCCAGGGCUGCCCAGCUGAUUGAUAAGGACAGCACCUUCCUCAACACCUUAGAGUAUUGCAUGGGACGCUACCUGAAGGAUGUCAAGCAGCAUCACGUGAAGGCAGACAAACGGGACCCCGAGUUUGUUUUCUAUGACCAGCUGAAGCAGGUGAUGAAUGCAUACAGGGUCAAGCCAGCAAUCUUUGACCUGCUCCUGGCUGUCUGUAUUGCAGCCUACCUUGGCGUUGCCUAUGUUGCAGUGCAGCACUUUGGUCUCCUUUACAAGAUGAUCCAGAGAUUAUCCCUUAAAACCAAGCAGCAGUGAAGCACCAAGUCCCCCCCACCCAGCAGCACUGAGCCAUCGGUGAGCCCAUUGGGAACCUUCUGCCUUCCACUGAACCCUGCUGUUCCUCUUCCUUUGUCUCCUCUUUGCUACUGUAUAGAGGGGAGGAAGGCAUAAAGAAAAUGAAAUUUUAACUCUUGUGCACCUUUGAAGUGCUUUUUCUUCACCUUCUUCCCCUGACUUGCACCAUGUCUGGUUUUCUUUUGCAUUUUGGUGAGGGAGAGGCUGAGAGACUUCAGCAAUUCCUGCAGUCUGAUUCUGAGCAGUUUCUCUGAGUGUAACACAAACUCCAACACCUUCAUGGACACUGUCACACAGCCAGCCUGGAAACUGAACCUACAGCCUGACCUGGUAUCUCUGCCCAGCAAACAAGGACUUGGAGCAGUUGUUUAAAAGAAAAAAACAAAAAGUGCACAUGCCAACUAAAGAAUGCAAUUAGCAUGUUUCCUUAUGACACCUCUUCCCUUGAGUUCACUGCCUGGCUUUAGGGAGUUGUGCUGAGCAAGCAGUGUCUGCAGCAAGCACCUUCUUGCAUUUUGUUCAAACUCUCACCCCCUUUUAGGAGCUGCACUGAGUGAUCUUGGCUGUUCUUAGCAGGAUGAGGAAAGAUUCAGAUGAGUUUCUGGUAUGAGGGUUCUUGCCAGGGACAGGUUCUCUCCUGUCUCUCUUGGAGGAUGCAUUUUUCUGUGUACUUGAUUUCUCUGGAGGUUUUUGGACCUUGAACAGUUCACAGCUGCCACCACUCUGUGCUAAACUCUUGCUUGAUUUUUGAGGGGUGUUCCAUGUCCAGCUGCUGCAGGAUCAUGUUCUGUGCUGUUCCAUGUACUUAUACAAGCUGGUUCUGUUGAUAACAAGAGCAAGAGCAGCUCAGACUGGAAAAUAUAUUGAGAUACUACAAGCCCUAGGCUAGCUGUAGUUCUAGAAGAUAACCCUGAGCACUGUCCUGCCACCCAGCCAGUUUAGAGUCCUUUUCUGUAAUCUUUGCUAUGUACAUGAGGUCUCUUCACAAGCCACAGUGAUACUUUUUAAAAAAUUUAAGCUACAAUUUAUAAUUAAAGCAGCAUAUCUUAGAGAGGCUGAAAAGCUAUUUUUGAAUUGAGGUGAACACACCUUUUUUUUUGUAUAUGCAAGGAAAAUUCCAGCUGUGCAUUCCUGUUUGCACAUAUCUGCUGUGCAUGUGCUUGUUAGAAAAGGGGUUGUUGUGGCCAGUCACUGUCCUUUGGAUGGGCACCAAAGCACUGAUUUCCAUCCUCCUUUGUUUAUUUUACCAUAAUCUCCUCCUUGGAGUACCCUUACCCCAUGAUGUGUCCUUUCUGCUACUUUAAAUAUGUAGCAACUUGUUCUUUGAAAAGGGUAUUGUCUUUUCCAGGAAAGCCUGCUGGUGUCAGUGGCUCACCAUGGUGUCAGCAUGGUUCCAAGCACUCCAGAACUAUCAGCCACGCAGGGAAACUUGCCUUUUCCUGAUCUUUUGAGUUCUCAUUUCAAAUGUGUCUCUCUGCAUGCAUGAAGUGCUCAUGGCACUCUUCUGCCAAAUGAAUUUAUAAUGACUUCAGAAGUUGCUGGAGUGGCUGGAAGGCAAGCCUUGAUUGUUUUCCACUGGUUUUUAUGCUCUGCCCAUAGAGACUGCAUCUGCUGUGCCCUGAGAAGCUGCCUGCCCUGGGCUGGGUAGGUUUGGAACAUGCAUGGUACAGUGACUCUCUGAAGAACUCUGUAGGCUCUGAAUAUCUGGGAGUAGUUUGAGUCCUGCAGCUGCAGCAUCCAUUUCUGGUGUGUUAACACUUUAAGGAAGUGGUGUUCCCUCCAGUCUAGCAGAUUAUUUCAUCAGUCUUAAUGAUUAACUCUGUUGCUUUGCUGAGAAAAAUAGAAAAAUAAUAUUAGCAAUGCUGCUGCAGCUGGAGUUGAUGUGUGUGAAAUUUGCCAGUAGUGGGCAAGAGCAAACAGAACAGACCUGGAGCUUGUUCCUUGCUGUGAAAACUGUCAGCUUUCAGUCUUCCACAUGAGAAGCUCAAAGUUCAGAGUCAAAAACUUCCACCCAGUCUGUUUGCAGAGGCUGUAGCACAAAGAAAACACCUUAGCUCUGUGUGGUCUCAGCAAUGAACUGUUAACACUCCUGAUGCAGUGCUAGAAGCCAGGGGAAACAACCUAAAAAAAAGAUGGAUAAGAUUGAGGAGUUCAUAAACCUGAGGGACAGUUGGGAUGGUACAUUGCUCUCCCACACAAGGUUAGUUUGUCCUGUAAUCCUUUUGUAUCUCUCCCUGGCUGCCAUAAAAAGUAGCUUUUUCGACAGAUAAAAGUUUCAGCUUUAGAUCAAAGUGCACGUGCACUGAAACAUAUAUGCUCAAAUCUAAGAUAGUCAAACCCCAACUUCCUCAUAGCUGGAGCAGAGUGCCCAUCCUGGGAUUGAAUUUUAAUCCAAAUUUCCUCAGAGCUGGAGCAGAGUGCCCAUCCUGGGAUUGAAUUUUAAUCCAAAUUUCCUCAGAGCUGGAGCAGAGUGCCCUUCCUGGGAUUGCAUUUAAAAUCCCACUUCCUCAGAGCUGGAGCAGAGUGCCCAUCCUGGGACUGAACUUAGUUCCCACAUUGUUAUUUCCUUGGGUAAGUCAACAGAGAAGCUUGCAAAAAGCCCCUGGAGCUGAUCUGCACUGCAGCAUGACUGAUCAGUUCAGUCACCAACACAGCAGGUGUUGUGACAAAAUAAAAGUUCUCCACAACAUUGCAGAAGAGCUCUGUGUAGCUGAUUCUUGUUGCUCUUAUUUUUACCUAUCCCCUUUUUUUGAGGAGUUUGCUUGGCCUGUAGGGAAGAGCAUGGAAAGCUUUAUAUCCACACGAGUGGCUAGCAGUUGUUAGUCCUA